GCUAGCUAUCUCGUGAGGAUUUUAGCUAUGAGAUUUAACAAGAUCCUCUUCUGGCUACUUUGCCUUUUCACCUUUUCCCUUUCCAUCAUAAUUGUCUGUCAUUACACGCCAUCUUCCCUCACCGCCAUCUCUUCCAUUGCUCCUCAGAGUAAUUUCAAGCAACAUGUGAUCUUAAGUAGGAUUAUAAAGCUGAGUGGCGCUGAAGACUUUGUGUCUCUAAUAAGAAGACUUGCGAGGAGGCUUCCCUACCGAGUGAAGCACAAGGAGAAAUGUGACAAGGGCAUCUGGGAUUCUGAUCUUGUUGUGGACUAUAAUGUGAGUCUUGUUUUAACCGUUAGCUUGAAAGGUUGUGGAAAUUUUAGCAGCAUACAAAAAGCUGUAAAUGCUGUUCCUGAAGCGAAGCCUGAUAGAACUCUCAUCAUCGUUGAUUCUGGCAUAUACAGAGAGAAGGUAACGGUGGAGGCAAGCAAAACAAAUUUGAUAUUGCAAGGUAAAGGAUAUCUGAACACAAUCAUAGCAUGGAAUGAUACCGCCAAUUCCACAGGAGGGACCUUUAAUAGUUACACAGUUGGAGUCUUUGCUUCUAAGUUUCUUGCUUACAACAUUAGUUUUAAAAAUACGGCUCCAGCACCAUCACCAGGUAUGACAGGAGCACAAGCAGUAGCGCUAAGGGUGAGUGGCGACGAAGCAGCAUUCUACGAAUGUGGAAUGUAUGGUGCUCAGGACACCCUCAAUGAUGAUACUGGAAGACAUUACUUCAAAGAAUGUUUCAUCCAAGGAUCCAUUGAUUUCAUAUUUGGGAAUGCUAGAUCUCUUUAUGAGGAUUGUACCCUAAACUGUAUAUCAACAGACGAAGGGGCUAUGAUUACCGGGUCCAUCACAGCUCAAGCAAGACAAUCAGAGAAUGAAGAAACUGGGUUUUCAUUUGUGAAUUGUAAGAUUGAUGGCAGAGGAAAAGUAUGGCUUGGAAGAGCAUGGGGAGCUUAUGCCACCGUAGUCUUCUCAACAACAUAUAUGUCUGAUGUUGUAGCUCCUGAAGGAUGGAAUGAUUGGUCUAAUUCUACGAGAGACAUGACUGUCUUUUUUGGGGAAUAUCGCUGUCUUGGUGGUGGAGCCAACUACUCGUCUAGAGUCUCAUAUGCAAAGCAACUUAAAGACCAUGAAGCAGCCCGUUUCAUGAAUGUUUCUUAUAUUGAUGGAAAUGAUUGGCUCCUCAAUCAUCCAAAAUAGAUGUUCUUCUAAUACCCAAAAAACAUACAAAGCAAAAAAGAGUUCUUCCAUUCCUCAUAAUUAAAUAUACGCUCCCCGGCUCCGCUUGUAUAUAUUAAUACUCUUAAUGUGCAAUUUCAACGUAAGUAAUA